GCCAUCUUUUAUUAAAAAUGCGCAGCUGCUACUCUGACGGAAUUUGUUAGCAAAGAAUAAAAAGUGUUUUAAGCGUAUUUAUUUACCUAAUUUAAGCCAAUUUAGGCAACGGUUAAAUACAUUAGAGCCAAUAAUCGAUUAGGAUGGCGAAAUCGUCGCGUAAAUCAUCCGAGGAUGUGCAGUCGUUCUUGAAAAGUUUCCACAAGGAAAUAGAAGACGGCAGCGACGACAAAGUUGUGCACAAGAUUCUAAAAUCAAUCAGAGACGAGGACGGCGUCACCGAAGACCAUGAGGGAUUUGCUGUUGCCUCUGAGGAAGAUCAGUCGGAACAAGAUGAGGACUACGAUCCAGGUGAAGAGGAGGAUGAUGGCGACAAAUACUUCAUUGACGACGACGGAAACUGCUAUAUCAAGACUACCCAAAAGCAGAAAGAACUGCUGGAAAAGCUGAAGAACUCAGCCAAAAAACACAGCAAGACCAGCCCUGCAAAGGCUGCCAAGCCGUCCAACAAAGUCAUCAAUUUACGGCCUGCCCAGUCUCUCACGAAAAGGGUCACAAGAUCCGCAGCUGAGCCAAAGCCAAUCAGUGCACGAGCAGCGAGUGCAGCAGCAGUCGUAACUGCUGCUAGUACCAGUCCCAAGCUGCCCGAAAAGACCUUUGCUAAGAGUCCCAGAGGCAGGCCCAAAAAGGCAAUAAAGCUACCCUCUCCGAAGCUCGAGCCGAAGUCCGAAGCUCUUGACAUAGAGCGCGAGAUGGAGGAACUGGUGGCUGACACUGAUGUGGCAGCUGCCGUGGCAGAUAUCGCUGAUAAUUCGGAAUACAUUAUUGACAAUGAUGCCGUAGAAGCCCUGGACAAUGUGGCUGACGGUGAGGUCUAUGAGUUCGAUGACAACCCACCGGAGGACACCAAGCCGGAGCUGAAGAUCACCAACAGGCAGUUCUUGCUAAAACCAGUGCCAACUGUGGAGAAGAAAACGUCCAAGACGCAUCACUUCAGCUGCUCUCAUUGCUCCUACACGACCAACAAAAAGUUUCUCAUUUCGCGUCACAACAAAACACACGAGACUGAGUUUUCGUACAUAUGCUCGAUAUGCGAUCGUGGAUUCAAGACCAAUGUGGGAUUGGUUAACCAUGUGAACACCCAUUUGGGGAAUAAGCCGCACAAGUGCAAGCACUGCGAGAGCGCCUUUGUCACCAGUGGCGAGCUGAUAAGACACACCCGAUACAAGCACACCAAGGAGAAGCCCCACAAGUGCACAGAGUGCAGCUACGCUUCGGUGGAGCUGACCAAGCUGAGACGCCACAUGACAUGUCACACAGGAGAGCGACCAUACCAGUGUCCCCACUGUACUUAUGCCUCGCAGGAUAUGUUCAAGCUGAAGCGUCAUCUGGUUGUCCACACGGGCGAGAAGAAGUAUCAGUGCGAUAUUUGCAAGUCGCGGUUCACGCAGUCCAACUCCCUGAAGGCGCACAAACUGAUUCACAGCGUUGUGGACAAGCCCGUGUUCCAGUGCAGUCAGUGCCCCACCACCUGUGGCCGUAAGGCGGAUCUGCGCCUUCAUGUCAUGCAUAUGCAUAAGGCAGACAAACCGAUACCCUGCAAACGCUGUGGGCAGAAUCUGCCCGAUCGCUACCAGUAUAAGCUGCACAUAAAGACCCACGAGGGCGAGAGAUGCUAUCGUUGCAAUCUGUGCGAGUACGCCUCUGUUUCCAAGCGCCAUUUGGACUCGCACAUGCUCAUCCACUUGGAUGAGAAGCCCUUCGCUUGUGAGAUGUGCCCGCAGACGUUCCGUCAGCGCCAGCUGCUGCGUCGCCACAUGAAUCUUGUGCACAACGAGCAAUACCAGCGGCCCGAGCCGCGCGAGAAGGUGCACAGCUGCCCGAAUUGUCCGCGCACGUUUACCCACAAGGGUAAUCUCAUGCGGCACAUGGAGAGUCAUGACGACUCAAAGAAUACUCGAGAGGAGCGGCUGAAAUUGAAAAUGGGUCGCAAUGUUCGCCUGCAGCCCGAUGGCAGUAUCGUGACUUUGGUCAACGAACGUGACUUUGACAGAGGUCUUAUUGACAUGGAUGAAGAAGACGAAGAGAACUUUGAACUGGCCGACGUCGAGCCGUACAACUAUGAGGAUGAAAUAUUAGAUGCCAUGGAGAGCAACCCUGUCGGGAAAUCUAAGAAGAGUCCGGUCAUCAUUAACACACAACCCAGAAAGAGCUCCAUCAAUCAGCCCGUCAUUAUUAACCGCCGCCUCAGAAGCCAAGGCGGCACCAAGACAUUCCACAUUAAGGAAGAGCCAAACACCUCAGAGUUUACGGUUGAGCUGGAUGGCGAUGAGGGUCAGGUCAUGGUCGUCGAACUGGUUAAUGGUGAAGAGGAGGUGGUGGUCAAACGCGAGCCCAAAGCCUCCAAGAUCAAUGCGGCCAAUUGCUUUGGCUUUGAGGAGGAUGAUGCCGAAUAUGUGAAUUAUGGGGAACAAGAUACCGAAAUGGACGGAACUUCACAGGAGUUUUUACAGCUAAUGGACAUGAUUGAGCAAGAUACUUAGACAGAUAUCUUGAAAGUACAUUAAUAUGGAUUUUGAAUUGCAUUGCAUAAUAAGAACAGUACCGAAAUACGUACUGUAAUUUGAAUAAUUAUAGAAUAAAUGAUUUGUUUUCUUUAAAA